AUGACUGAAGACCUUGGUUUGAAGCGAGGGGACGUCGUCGGUUUGUGGGGCUGUAAUACCUACAAUUGGAUCACAAUUCAGUACGCUUGCGCCCGUCUUGGCGUCAUCCUCUGCACCAUCAACCCUUUCUACCAGGCCGUCGAGCUCGACUACGCCCUCCGCAAGAGCGACAUCAAGGCGCUCUUCAUGCCCGGAAAGAGCUCCCCUCAACAGGUGGUCAACCGCUUUGAGAAGAUCCUCACUGAGGCACUUCAGGUGGAGGACCAGUCAGUGACCGACCCGCUCAUCCUCCAACACAUCAUCACCAUCGACGGCACUCCAAUCGACUUUGUAGAGAUCAAACUGGUCAACCCAGAAACGAGGCAGAUUGUGAAGAUAGGCGAAACGGGAGAGAUUCAUUCACGAGGCUUCAACACCAUGAUCGGCUAUUGGAAGGACCCGGUGAAGACGGCUGAGGCGAUUGACCACGCCGGAUGGUACAACACCGGUGACCUGGGCGUCAUGGACGAGGAGGGCUUCUUGAAGAUCAUCGGCCGAACAAAGGAGCUGAUCAUUGUAGGUGGGGAGAACGUUUACCCGAGGGAGAUUGAGGAGCUGCUGCACACUCAUCCGGCGAUACUCGAUGCGCACGUCAUUGGAGUGCCUGAUCCGCGAAAGGGUGAGGAGAUUUGCGCCUGGGUGAAGUUGAAGAACGGCGGUGGUGAUGGUGAUAAGAAGGAAGUGACCGAGGAGGAGCUGAAGAAGUUUUGCAAAGAUAAUUUGACCUACUUCAAAGUGCCGAG